AUUUUUCCACCACUCAGCACAAAGAGCUCUCAGCGGGCAAAGAGAGCACACAGCGCACAACUCAUUUGUAGAUACCCAUCGCAGGACAAAGGCAAAGCUCAAACCAGGCCACAGCAGCAGCAGGAGAUAUUUUGGAAUUUUUGUAUAGGAAUUUGGAGUUAAAGAACUGAAACAGAAUGCAUGCCAGAUUUGCUGAUCCUGAGCCCGCGUCCCCCGACAGCGAAGAGCGUAUUGAAACGGAGACUUUGGAGUAUCGCAUCGAGGUGUUCAAACAGAAUCCCAAGAACAUGGCCGCGCUGCACGAGAUGCUCGAUGAGGUGGUGCUGCGCGCUGAAACGGAGGCCAAUAAGCGGGCAUUCGAUGGCCAGAAAUUGCAACAGGGCAAGGAGAAACGUCCGAGUUUCGCCAUACCAGAUUUUAAGAACGGCAAGGUGGUGAAUCGCGCACGAGGAUUUGUGGUGCGUAUCUUCGAUGCCAUCUGCAAUUGCGCCAACACCAAUGCGGCCGCAGCCACGACGCGCUUCAAGCUGAGAAGCAACAGUGGUGGAUCAGCAGCAGGAGGAUCAUCUGGUAAUGGUAAGCGUCAGCAAUCCCAGGACGAACCGGAGACCCUAACCCUGACCAAGAAGAAACCAUCGGCCGAGGGCAAAAAGAAGAAGGGCGUCAGCAUGGCCGAUGAUGUGCAGGCGGGCGUACGACUAAUGGACUAAGUCCAGCAAUAAUCCAAUCUUGGAAAACACACACAAAAUAUAAUCAAAAAGGAGUGGGCCCAAAAGAUAAGGGAAAUCAAUUAUUGUAUCAUCACAAUCAAUCCCACAACUUUACACCAAACACCGUCUACACUCUACAUACUCCUUCUAAUGGGCUAUUCCCAAUGGAUUUCAUUGCUCAAAAACUUCAUCGACAAACGCACAACAACAAUUUUGAUAAAGUCUUCCCCGCCUUGAGUAUGGAAAGGGAACUUUCCACUUUAUCAUUUUGAAAACCCAAAUGUGAUCCCAAAGAAACAAAAUCAGAAGAGCACAAGCAACAUUUAGGGUUAGUUAGGGUCUAUAACUUUUCAUACACUCUCCACUAUCGGAAACAAUAACAUUCUCCCACGCACAACACAAUCAAAAUGUAGGCAUUGCAAAAUACAAAAUAUAUAUCA